AUGAUGGAACUCUCGGACGCCGGCAAGACCGCGACCCUCUACUGCCUCUACAUGGAUCUGUACGUCAACUUCACUCCCUCUCUUUCCGAGAACCUUGAGACCAUCAAAUUCGAUUACAAGGACAAACGUGACAAGCGAGUCCUUAAUCUCUGGGAUAUCACUGAUCGAGAUAGUCGUGCUCUCAGACACUACGAGACUUGGCGGGCCAACUUUCGACAGUGCCCUCGAGGGACUCGGCGGACCAUGAUCCCCUUAUCGAUGGAACUGGCGGCCGAACGACUGUCCACUGUGCUACGAGAAGAAGUCGAAGACUUGACCUUACUUCCAUUGUUGGUUUUGGUCAAUAAGCAGAACUCUCCGUAUGCGAUGACUGUGGCGGAUGUGAAGGAUCUAUUGGGGUUGGAAAGGCUGCCGCAGGAGCUGGUGUGGCAUAUCCAGGGGGUAUCUGCAAUGUUGGAACACUCCGAUAUGGAGCCAUUAGGGAAUACGCAGAAAUAA